AUGCGCGCCUCAACUUUGGCCUCCUUCGGGUGUACCGUCAUGUUUGCUGCAAUGGUCUCUGCCGCACCAGCUGGACUUGUUGCUGUCGACACCUGUGCACCAACAACAACCACGGUCUUUGUUACCCUCGAACCUUCGACAAUCACCAUCCACGAUGCCCCAGCAAGCACUGUAUAUGCAGCAGAUGGACAAACUCCAACGAUCCCCGAUCCAACUCUCUUGUCAACACCAUUGGCCACCGAUGUAGACCACAAUAAGCCUGCAACGGCAGACCUGUCCGAUCCUGAGAUUGUCACGGUCACUAACACAGUAGUCGUCACUGCUCAGUAUACCCCUCCAGUCUCAAGCUCUGCGUAUGUCAUCAGUUACUAUGUCAGCGGCACUUCAACUGUUUACUUGAACGGCCCAGGACCAGACGCAAGCGAGUCUAUCAGCUAUGCUGGCCCCGAGACGGUGACUAUCGAGCCUGUCGAACCUUCUGCUGGCCCGAGAACAACGACAUUGUCCGGGAAAACCACCAUUCGCGUUACGCAAUAUCGAACCGUGACAGGUACCCUAUCUGUUCCAAAAGAAUCGUCUCCGGGAACCAAUCCAAGUUUCAGUGGAAUCGGCGCAGGUGGUUGGAAUGGCACUGCCAGUGGAGCUUACUCAACUGGAACUGGGCUCGCAGGUGUUUACCCUACCGCCCAGGUAACUGGAGCUGCCUCACGCACUACAACAAUUUUUCCAACCUCGUUGUCUGCAAAAGAUGGAUUUGGCGCUUCAGACCCUGGUACUCUGUCCAUCGCUGAUCCAACAUUUGAUUUCUCCAAGACAUUCCCAUCCAUCAGUCUAUCGACAAUGGCAGCUAAAUCCGGUUUUGACGCUUUCUCAACUCCAACAUACGUGGAUGGAACCCCUACAGCACAACACUCAAGUCCAACACCAUUGGCAACUCAAUCUACUCAAUCUAAUGUCACUUUCAUCGCUGCUUCGAGCGCCGUAUCGAGCUCAACUGCAAUUCUCGUAUCAAAUUCUUCGAUUGCUCUCCAGACCACUGUGAUUGGAAGUACGCCAACUACACUAGCCUCCAUUUCCCAAGUCACUAGCACAAGCUCUUCCUCCAUCGGAUACAAUCAAACCUCAACUUCUGUUGCCUCAAGCGCAUCGCCUAGCACGAGUGCCUGUGGUGAAAUUGGCGACUUCACUCUAAAUUUUGAUGAUAUCCCAGGAUUAGCUGCUUCCGACGACGCUGACCCACAACCUGUAUUCAGCCCGUAUCAUCAAUUUGUCUUUUCUAAUGGCUACGUUGUUGUCCCACCCCCAAAAGAUCCAUAUCUGCCAUCGUCACCUCCUCAGCUCACCGAGUUCAUUCCCAACUUUACAGUCAAGAACAGCACGGCUGCAUCUGGCCCAAAUUCGGCUGAAGGAGGCUUCUCUGCAGACAUUGGAAAUGGGGACCAUGAUCAUACCGGUUGUUUCCGCUUCAACUUUUAUGGUGGCUCAGUUGGCUGCGACUCUCAAGGACCAUCUUGCGUUUUCACGUUCACUGGACUUCGUCAUGACGCCGCUGCGGGAAAAGAUGUUGCUGUCGCCUCUCAGAUUUUGGCAGUCGAUGCCUGUCCCGAGCUUGUGGAUUGUACUCUUACACCUGUCACCCUUGGUCAGUCUUUUAGUGAUCUCACAAUACUUCGUAUGCAGCUGAGUGUCGGUGGUGAGCCUAAGAUUUGGUGGAUGGACGAUAUUCGCAUGGGCUGGUACGACAACUCCUGCGCGAUGGACGUCAAAUCAAAAGCAACAUCUCGAAGUUGCACCGCUAAGCGACUCUGGCACAAAUAUCAUACUGGAACAUUUUGA